AUGUACAAGUUCUGCCAAGCUGUGAUCGAGGUGUUUGGUCCGGAGUACUUGAGGCAGCCAACUGCCGCUGAUACAGAGAGAUUGUUGGCGACCAACGCAGCUAGAGGCUUUCCAGGCAUGCUUGGCAGCAUAGAUUGUUCUCACAAUGAUAUCAACGUGCUGCAACGUUCUCCAGUUUUCGCAAGGCUUGCAGAAGGCCACUCCCCACCUGUCAACUUUGAGAUCAAGGGCCACCAGUACAACAAGGGAUACUAUCUAGCUGAUGGUAUAUAUCCUCAGUGGACAACUUUUGUGAAGACAAUCUCGAACCCCCAAGGGAAGCUUUGGGAGGUGAUGACUGCUUGUGUGAUCAUGCACAACAUGAUCGUCGAGGACGAGCGUGAUGAUAGUAUCUUCGACCAAGGACUUGAUUAUCAAGGUGAAAAUGUUGAGCCCCUACACCAAGAACCGGCCAUGUUUGAACAGUUUGUCCAAUUCCAUCGUGACCUGCGUGAUUGGCACACUCAUUUGGAUCUUUAA